AGAGAAUGGGCACGACUCCCCCUCCCCCCGUUCUACCGUCCAAAACAGGCCGGCCGUUCUAAGUUCCGGGGUUGGGUCGGAUAGGACCAGACCCAAUCGGCUGGAUCUGUGGAAUCUGAACGGAUCAGAUCCAAUCGGAUCUGAUCGUAGCUUCGAGUUCAGGUGCCGUACCGCGGCCGGACCGGAAAGGAGGGGGACAGCGAACCUCCUGCCAAGAGGCCAAGGUUGCUUGCUAACUCUCAGCCACUUGUUAGAAGGAAGUGCAGCUUGAUUGUCGGGGGAAUCGACAAAAUAAGGUAGAUUCUUCGAUUCUAUUUCCUCCUUUGGUAAGGAUUGGCUUUAAGUGAUAGGGGAUGUGAUUGGAAUUCGUCUUUUCUUUGUUUGUAUCACCGAGACACCCGAAGGGCCGGCCAUAUGUACCUCGGGAGAUCCGGCCCAUUCAAAUCAAAAUAGAACGAGCACCUACGACUAAGGGGAAUGGAAUGUCGACCACAGGGUGAGAGAAUCUUCUAAUACGAGGGCGAGUGACUGGUAAAGUCAUUAAACUUAGUCAUUUUGAUAAAAAUGGCUGCAAGUGGACUGGGUUUAUGUGUUUAAACGGACUACGACCAAAGUCGUGGCUACUUCAACCAAAAGAAGGGCGACCCCCUAUUCAAACCGAAAGAAGUACCUCACCUCGCUUACGAAGAAGUAGUUGGAGCUGGGCUCCGAACUAUUAGAGUUUGCUUUUGUUUCAUGUUUCUAAGAGCGGUCUGAUCCCUUAUUUGAUCAGACCGCUCCUGGUGUUCGAACUAGUUAUUAAUGGUCGGCUUAAUUAGUACCCUUUCGGUAUGCGUUGCGAACACUUUCAUUUUUAGCGUCUCAUCUUCUCUAGAGAAGCGAAACUAGAACGGAUAGAGCAGAUGGUCCAACUACAUAACUUUUUCUUUUUCAUUACUUCCAUGGUCGUGCCUCGUGGCACGGCAGCACCCGUACUAUUGAAAUGGUUCGUCAGUAGAGAUGUUCCCACAGGUGCCCCUUCUUCCAAUGGUACUAUAAUUCCUAUUCCUAUCCCUUCAUUCCCUCUUUUGGUCUAUCUACAUUCCAGGAAAUUCAUACGCUCCACGGACGGAGCAAAAAGUGGAGUCUUGGUCAGAGCAAGCCGCCCUAUUCUAUUACCAGACAUAAUUGGGAGAAGCUCAUCCGAAACUAGAGCAAGAAACGCCUCAUUUCGUUUUGUUCCUGUUCUUCAUUUCCUUCUUCUUCAAUCCAAGGGGGACUUCUCAUAUUUAGAAUCUUUCUGCGGUGUGCUCCGUUUACUAUUCUUUCGUACUUUAUUCUUUUUACCACGCGAUAGGUCAGCGAAGCGUGAGCGGGCGCGGAGAAGGAAAGGCCAAACACUUCGGCCUAACGGGAAUGAGCAACGACGAAAUGACAAGAUGAGGUGCCCCGGGCAUCCCCAUUUAGAAAGAAGGAUCGAAGGUUUUGGGCCUGUAGCUUUCCCCGUCCCCCCUUCGUCGGGUGGUCCUUGUGUGGGGGGUGCGCCACCAGAAAUCGGGCUUGAAGCUCUCGCCUUACCAACGAGCCGACAGCUGAUGGCUGUUGGUCACGACUACUACCAAAAAGCUCCAAUGAAGAUGAAUAUUUCACAUGGAGGAGUGUGCAUCUGUAUGUUGGGUGUUCUUCUGUCUAACACAAAGAAGAUGCAGUUCACUCAACGAUUGCCUUUGGGUUCCGAACUCCAUAUGGGGAAGGAGCGUUGUUGUUUGCGAGGUCUCGAUCAUUUACAUGGACCCACUUUUCAUUCCAUUUGUGGGAAUUUGAUGAUCUAUAAACCGUCCUUAACGAACGAUCGGCUCAUGUUUGAGCAUGAUGAAUCACUUCGUGCCGACCUGUUGCCAAUAAACUUUCCGGCCUCAUAUGAGAAUGGAAAACUGGAGCAUUUUCUGCAUCGGUGGAUGAAGAAUCGCGAACAUAAUAAUUUAUGGUUGACCAUGUUCCCAGAAAAAAGAUACUUUCGAGAAACGACGAGUACGACUGAAGUGGCUAUACAUACAAAUCCAUUUACGGAUCUAUAUGCUUCGAUUGGAACUGGAAGUUCCAGAACAGGCGGCUGGUAUACCACCAUAAUGAAACUGCCUUUUCUUUUUUUUAUUUGGAUAGGAUUUAUGUUGGCUUCGUUGGGAGGCUCGCGUAGUUUGUUACGUCAGCUCCAAAAGGAUAAGUUGCGUUGGAAUCGAGAAAGUUCCGUGGAGUUCAUAAUUGCAUAAAAGGAGUCAAAGUAGUGGCUGCGGCGCGUUGAGGCACUUCUUCGACGGUCCCCGUCCGCCCGGCCUGCCGGCCCGCUCUGAAGAAUUCAUGGGCCGGCAGGCCGGC